AUGGCGACCGUCUUGUCAGGCGCCGCCUUCGGUGCCGCUCUGGUGGGAGCGGGCGUAUAUCAGCCCUCCGUCAUUAUUGCUCAGCUCAAGUUGGAGAACUGGCACAUGAUCCAAGCGUUCCUUGCCGCGGCCGCCAGUAGCACACUUAUUGUUGUCACUCUGGACAAGCUCGGCUACGUCCGCCCUAAACCCCGCAGCCCCUCUCGUCUGGGCCUCUUCUCCGAGUACGACGGCAACAUCCUCGGUGGCUCAAUCCUCGGCGCCGGCAUGGCCCUCUCCGGCUCCUGCCCGGGCACCGUCCUGGCCCAGAUCGCGGUGGGUACACAGUCUGGCAUCUACGUGCUCGCUGGCGCCGUCUCAGCGGGUAUCGCAUGGACCGGCUUUCUCCAAAAGGCCAUUACGUCCAACGCCGUCAAAGCCGCCCCUGAGAACCCGAAGCUCACCGUCCAUGAGCGCGCUGGUAUCAGCAGGGUAGCCUCCUUCAUCGGCAUCGAGGCCGUGUUCGCCGGCGUCAUCUAUGCUACGAUGAAGUACACCCCGGCUAGCCCCUAUGCCGUCGUUGCGCCCACCAUCGGCGGCCUCUUCAUCGGUCUCGCCCAACUCUUCUCCCUGUUGACACGCAAGUCCAUGCUGGGCGUGUCAACAUCCUACGACGAGAUUGGCAGAUACUUCUGGUGGGUUGUCCAGGGCGGCGGUGAGAAGGGCAAGCCGGCUUCGUACAGCAAUAUCCUCUUCUCAGCCGGUCUGGCCGCGGGUGCCUGGGCACUCGCAAACGCGUAUCCGGCGUUUGCGCUCGGUGCCGCGGAUACGGCCGUGUCGCCGGAGCUCGCUGCAGCGGGCGGAUUCCUGAUUGGCCUCGGAUCCAGAAUAGCGGGAGGCUGCACAUCCGGACACGGUCUCAGUGGCGUGUCCAUCUUUUCUACAGCCAGUUUUGUCACCAUCAUGUCCAUGUUUGGCGCGGGAGCCCUGGUUGCCUCAUAUUUCCACUAG